AUGUCCAGAUCUCACGAUGGGUCUUGCUCCCGGCGCGCAAGGCCAAGGCCUGGGCACCCAACUGCUGCAGCUCACCCUGGAGCGGGUCCGCUCCGAGAACCGCGCGCUCCAGCUCAAGGCCGAGGCGAGCAGCGUCGGGCAUCAGGGCAUCGAGAUCGUGUACCUGAUGGUGCGCGAGGACAACAGGCCGGCGAUCAGCCUCUACCGCAAGGUGGGGUUCGAGCAGGUGGCCGUGCUCCACAAGGACACCAAGAUCAGCGACGAUCUCUACUACGACGGCAUCAUGAUGCGCCUCUUCAUGUGAUUAAAAGCCCGCGUCCCAUUGGGUGA